AUGCAGACUCCUGAUCACUGGUGCUACGUCCCUGGCAGGGAACUUUCCAACCUUUCAGUUGAGGAGUGGAAGAACCUCACCAUACCGAGGGAAGGAGCCUCGUUCAGCAAGUGCCUGAUGUACAACCGGAGUGAUGUGACUGACUUCAGCGGCAGCAGGGAACCUGUGAAGUGCCAGCACGGUUGGGAGUAUGACGACACGUGGUUCUCCCUGACGGUGACGUCACAGAUGAACUGGGUCUGCGACAACCGGCAGGCCGUCAAUGACGUCUUCUUCUACUCACAGAUUAUUGGAGUGGCCCUGGGGUUACUGUUUGGCUACAUUGGCGACAUGUACGGCCGACGCCCCCAGCAGCUGCUGUGCCUGUCAGCCCACGUGGUCAGCAGAGUGCUAGUCGUCCUCGCUCCACACGUGCUGCCACUCUUCAUCCUGGCAACAUCCCUCGUGUCAGCCGCAACUGGGCCCAUGGUGGAAUCGGUCUUGUCUGUUGGUGAGUGUUAG